CCAGAAGAAGAAGAAGAAGAACAUGGUGAGCGGUAGUCUGGCCAACUGAAUGUUUUUGUCGGACGUAGUGUAAAUUAAGCCAUUAUAGAUCGUAUAUUUAAGAAUAAACUGUUUAACGUGUGCAUGUUUUUAUGACGCAAUGUAGCCAUGUCGCUUUAGUUUUAACGUUAAACCUUUCGUAUAACCCGAUCUCAAAUUGAGUGCGUUUUCCCGAUACAACGAAGAUGACGGAAAGGGAAGAGCGGCGCUUCGUGGAGGUGCCCCGAGAAUCCAUUAAACUCAUGGCUGAGAACACUGGCGUGGAGCUCAGCGAAGAGGUCGCUGCUCUGCUGGCCGAGGAUGUGUGUUAUCGUCUCAGGGAAGCAACACAGAACAGCUCACAGUUCAUGAGACAUGCUAAAAGAAAAAAGCUGAGCGUAGAAGACUUCAAUAGAGCGUUGCGGUGCAGCAAUACUGAGAGCAUUUGUGGCUACGGUGCUCAAGAUGCCUUACCGUUCCGUCCAUUAAAGGAAUGUGAACUUUUCUUUGUAGAGGAUCGGGAGAUAAACUUGGUGGAGUUGGCACUUGCUACCAACAUCCCCAAAGGCUGUGCAGAGACGAUGGUUCGAGUACAUGUAUCAUAUCUUGAUGGGAAAGGCAACCUUGAACCUCAAGCCACAGUACCCACUGCUGUUCAGUCUCUAUCAGAUGAUCUGCUUAAGUAUUACCAACAAGUAACUCGAGCCAUUUUAGGAGAGGACCCACAUCUCAUGAAGGUAGCUCUGCUAGACCUUCAGUACAAUUCAAAGAUUGCUGCCCUCCUGCCAUACUUUGUAUAUGUCAUCAGUGGGGUAAAGUCAGUAAGUCAUGACCUGGACCAGUUAAACAGACUUUUACAUAUGGUGAAAAGUUUGGUGCAGAACCCGUAUCUGUACCUGGGCUCAUAUGUACGUAGUUUGGUGUCCAGUGUCAUGUAUUGCAUCUUGGAGCCUCUAGCUGCCUCCAUCAAUCCUCUCAAUGACCACUGGACCCUGAGAGACUAUGCUGCCCUGCUUUUGAGCCACAUCUUCUGGACACAUGGCGAUCUUGUGAGUGGGCUGUACCAUCAGAUCUUGCUUUCUCUGCAAAAGGUUCUUUCUGAUCCCGUUCGACCUCUCUGUUCCCACUAUGGAGCUGUAGUGGGUUUGCAUGCUCUCGGCUGGAAGGCUGUUGAACGAGUGCUGUAUCCUCACCUGCCUGCCUACUGGGCAAAUUUACAAGCUGUGUUAGAUGAUUACUCCGUGUCCAAUGCUCAAGUGAAAGCAGACGGCCACAAAGUCUAUGGAGCCAUUCUGGUGGCAGUAGAACGUUUGCUGAAGAUGAAAGCACAUAGUCUGACCAUAGCAGCUGGAGGAGGCAGUGCCGCUUUAGAAGGAUCUGUUGCAAGAACAGUAGGUUUCAGAGAAAGUUCACCUGGUCUCAGCCCUCCUCCUGAACCCAUCUCUGAACCCCCUCUUGGCAUUGCAAGCCAUUUACAUGCUGGUGGAGCUGGUUGCCCAUGGGAGGACUGGACCCCUGUUUCUCUUCCUGCUAUGUACUGUGAGCUCUACUCCUUCUUUGGAGACAGUUUGGCUAUGCGUUUUAGUACUGACCCACCACAAGUUGGCAUCCCAACUGCAUCGUCCUGUCAGCCAAUUCAUAACAAGAAGGAGCCAGCUAGUGGUGCCACCAAUCUUGAAAGUACACGAAAGAUGCCCCAACUGACUGCCAAUAUGAACAUCAGCCCGCGACAAGAUGAAAGCCCUCACACAGAACAACCACCCAGUCUGGCUGCUACUGCCCCAGGGAGAUCAUUUGCCCGCUCUUCUUCAUCCUCAGUCUCACGUUCCAGAUCUUCUUCAUCACAAGCAGGCCGUUCAACAAGCCAAUCCCGAGAAGUUUUCCCCAAGGCCCGUUUCCCACCCCCUCAGGCUGGACCUCCGGCCUUUACUUUCAUAAUUGGUGGACGUCAGAUGGGUCGCCGUUGCCAGGGUAGACGCUUCCAGACGAGUUUUAUUCCAACCCCACCUCUUACUUCCCUUCCACCUCGUGUCUACGCUCACAAAUUACCAGUCAUAGGAAGAGUCAGUAAACCUGUGCGGCGCUGGACGGCUUCCUAUUACUCACUUUACCUGCCAUUUUAGGAUGCGCAAAGACGAAGUUUGUGUCAAGACACGUGAUUGCAAUGAUAUCUCUCCUUACAAAGUAAAUUAAUAAAGCAGACGGUGCGGUUAUGAGCUAUUUGUAAUGAAAUGAAAAUAUAAAGGCACAACCAUUUUGACCACUUUUUUGAUACUCUGAAAUUCUUAGAAUUGUAUUCGGCUCUUAAUAGAACCUGUUGCCAAAUUGUGAGUUUGUCUUCAGAGGUUUAGUAAUAUACUGGGUCUUAAAUCUAGCAGUCAUGAUCAUUUUACUCUAAAAUACGGUAACCACUGCAUACUCAAUAUUUGACAACAUGGAGAUAAAAUGUUGAUGUCAGUGAUGUAAAUUGUCAUUCUUGUGUGAUUCCUAUAAAAUCUUGACAUACAAAGAUUGAUUAUGUGCUAGUAUUUAGAUUUGCGUUCUAUGGUGGCGGGAAAUAAUUUAUAUUCCAUAGAUUUUGAUAUUCCUCACCAAACUACGGUUUCGGUAGACUUUAAUUAUGGAGCAUGAGUGGACUACGUUUAUAGUGCUGCUUGUCCUACAAGAACUGGACAUGUCUUGAUGCUCUAAUACUACUGUUGAGUUCUACAAAAAGGAUUUUAACUAACACCAUAAAAAAUGUGCUUUUGUUAGCAAUACUAAUAAUCAAAUCAGAAGGGGUUUGGUUGUAUUUUGCAAGAUUAUUAGACAGAGAAGUCUGAUGCAUUAAACUUUCAACUCCAUGUCAGUGCUCAGGUUUUGUUACACAUUACAUGAAUAAUUUUAUGACGUAUUCCAAAUCAUAUUUUUUUAUUGUGGCGAAAAGAUGGUUGCUUUGUUUUUUACAAAUUGAAGGAAUGUACAAUAUAACAAAAUCUCGUUGUGAAAGGCAUAAAACACUGCUUUCACUUUCAUAAACUUAGAUUUAUGUAUAUUAACUUUUCCUAAAAUCAGAAUGUUGUUAAGCAAAAAAUCAUCAUCAUGUUCCAUAUAAUGUCUUGUAGAGAAACAUUUCCAAGUAACACAACCUUUAGGUAAAGCCAGUCAUCAACAUGCAUACAUUGAAAAAAUAAAUGUUUAGUUUCAGCAUUAUCACAAAAUUCAAUUCAAUUUUAUUUAUAUAGCGCUUUUCACAAUGUGCAUUGUUCCAAAGCAGCUUUACAGGAGCAAAUAAGAAAAACACAGAAAGGUAAAACACAGCACAGUGCAUGGUGUUUAUAGACCAAGCAAGAUCAUUAUAAUAAAUAAUAUCUAAUAAAUAAAUGAAUAAAUAAAUAAAUAAAUGCAGUCUCCCGGUGAGCAAGCCAACACUGCACUGCUCUGCUGUGGCGAGGAACCCAAACUCCAAUGCUGAAUAAUGGAGAAAAAAAAACCUCGGGAGAAACCAGGCUCAGCCGGGAGGGCCAGAUCUCCUCUGACGUGUCAUAGCUGCACUCAGUGACCCCGACCAAAGCCACCGAGCAACGUCCACGAAGAACAGGGAGAGCCCACGAGCCGCGACCCAGGAAGCCCCACCCGCCGAAACCGUGCAGGUCCAACCCGGUCCCAUUCCGCGAUCAACAACAGACAACAGAGGAACAACCAGGGAAAAGUAGUAAUGGCAUAAUUAACUUUAUUCCUCUGUUGUCCGACAUCGACCACAAAACAAGACCAACCAGACCAGACCCACACAGUCCCAACAAAUGAAACGCCCCGAACCACAACCAACAAGCCCCCCCACUCCCUACAACACCCACCCAGCUACCUCCAAUCAAAGUCACUGAGUGCAGCCAUAACUUCAAACUGCUGUCGUGUGAUGUAAGUUUAGCAUUAAAUACCAAGUAUUGUAAAUUUAGCAUUUAUGUGACAGGUAGUCCGUCUUUGCUCUCGGUUGGGGAUGGAAUUGUCUGAGCUGGGCCGGCCAGAUGGUCGCCUUUUUCUUGGGUGGUGAUGGAAUUGCCUUGGAUGGAGCUGGGUUGUCAGUCAGUCCGCAGGCUCUCGCAGGAGGAUGGCACGGGAUUUUCCGAUGUAGCUGGCGUAAUCUCUAGUUGUGGAUGGGCAUAUGACGUUCAUCUGGGCCUGGCGGAAUCUCUCCCUACCUCGGGAUGGGCAUCCCGAGGCGAGGGCAGAAACAGAAAGAGAAUAAUUAGCGUAGCUGCUGUUCAUUAGCUAUGUAUUAGUGAAUGCUUGGCUGAAAAGAUGUGUCUUUAAUCUAGAUUUAAAUUGGGAGAGUGUGUCUGACCCUCGAAUAGUAUCGGGGAGGCUAUUCCAGAGUUUAGGUGCUACGUAUGAGAAAGCUCUACCCCCUUUGGUGGAUUUAGUUAUUCUAGGUGUUAUCAAAAGUCUGGAGUUUUGAGAUCUUAGAGAGCGUGAUGGGUUGUAGUGUGGUAGAAGCUCUGUUAUGUAGGUAGGGGCUAAACCGUUUAAGGCUUUAUAAGUAAUUAAAAGAACUUUAAAGUCAAUACGAUACUUAAUGGGUAACCAGUGAAGGGUUGAUAACAUUGGGGUUAUGUGAUCGUAUUUUCUGGACCUGGUUAGAACUCUGGCAGCUGCAUUCUGAACUAACUGUAGUUUGUUUAUUGAUGUUGCAGCACAACCACUAAGCAGUGCAUUACAGUAGUCAAGUCUUGAGGUCACAAAUGCAUGAAUAAGCUUCUCUGCAUCAGCCACACAUAAAAUAUUUCGCAAUUUGGCAACAUUUGUAAGGUGGAAGAAGGCUGUUUUUGUGACAUUUGAGAUGUGAUUUUUAAAUGACAGGUUGCUGUCUAAUAUAACGCCAAGGUCUUUAACUGUAUUUGUUGGAAUAACAGUGCAGCCUUCAAUUUGCAGGUCAUAAUCCGAAAUAUUCUGCUCACUUGUCUUUGUGCACAUAAUGCACAUGUAUUGGUAACCAUU